AUGGAUUCCAUUUCAAGCCAGGUUGCACCUGUCGAUGAUAGCCGAACCCAGAUCUCCAACUGGGCUGCAACUCAAGGUGACAGGCUAACGAAGACGAGACACAUGGAUCCUCAGCUCUACAAGGCGGCUGCAGGACGCAAAACCAAGUAUGGCCUCGGUGAAAUCCUAAAAAUGUUCCAUGAUCUUGGAGAAGAACUAACCCCAAUGGAGAACACAGUCCUCCACAUUGCAGCCCAGUUUGGUAAACAGAAAUGCGUGAAACUGAUCCUUAAGGAACAUUCAGACUCAUCUCUACUACGACGUGUCAAUGAACAUGGCGACACUCCACUUCACCUUGCAGCCAGAGAGGGGUAUCAGAAGGUGGUGGAAGCUCUCAUUCACGCUGCAAAACCUCAACCCCCACAACCCUCCGAUAUCGAAAGUGGGGUUGAAUUUCAUCAGGGGAUGCUGAGGACGAUGAACCGGGAGGGAGACACAGCUUUACAUGAAGCAGUGAGAUAUCAUCACCCUAAGGUGGUGAAGUUAUUGAUUAAGGAAGACCCCAGGUUUACCUAUGGCCCUAAUCACAAAGGCAACACUCCCCUUUACAUGGCUGCGGAGAGGGGGUUUGACGACUUGGUGGACAUAAUCCUAGAAAAUUUUGCCACUUCACCAGAUCACAGGGGCCUCAAGGGUAGAACCGCUUUGCAUGCUGCCGUAAUUUCCAAACACCCAGAAAUGGUUCAUAAAAUUCUGGAAUGGAAAAAAGAGCUAAUUAAAGAGGUUGAUAGCAACGGGUGGUCUCCGCUUCAUUGCGCUGCAUACUUGGGCUAUACUUCAAUUGCAAGGCAGCUACUAGACAAAUCAGAAUAUGAGAGUCAAGUUAUCUACCUUGGCAUCAAAGAAUUUAAUAACAUGACAGCACUUCACAUUGCUGCGAGCCGUGGUCAUAAGGGAGUAGCAAAGCUUCUGGCAUCGUGCUAUCCAGAUUGUUGCGAACAAGUAGAUGAUAAAGGCAAUAAUGCUAUUCACUUGUUCAUGUCGCAAAGGCGUCAUUUUCUAAAAUUGUUCUGUGUUCAUUGGUUCCGUGCGAGAGGACUACUCAAUGGGAAGAAUGAAAGGGGACAAACGCCUCUCCAUUUACUUGCUGAUUUCCAAAUGGAUCAUGGUACAGAUUUCAUAAUGAGUCAAAAGGUAGAUAAGAUGGCACUUAAUGAAGAUAAUUUAACCGCCACAGACAUAAUAUCAUCAGCCAAGGACUCUCUCGGAAGACAGGACUCAAUCCUAAGAAAAUUGAAGAGUGUCAAAGCUAGGGCUGGACCUUUGGGUUGGCAGUGGAUCCUCAAGGCCAUCAACGAAAACAAAGGUGAGAAAAGAAGCGAAGACAGAGGUGUGAGGGAAAGCGAAGACCAAGGAAGUGUGAAUAGAAGCAAAGACAAAGGUGAAGGCAGUGGAGGCCGAGACUUCACCGAGGCCAUGAAGAAAAAAGGUGAAACCCAUUUGCUAGUAGCCACACUGAUAGCAACUAUCACCUUCGCUGCAGGUUUCAGCUUGCCUGGUGGGUAUGAGGACGAUGAUAGCAUGGCCAUUUUAAGCAAAAAAACAGCUUUCAAAAUAUUUGUUGUGGCGGAUACCGCAGCCUUGGUGCUUUCCAUGGCUGCUGUUUGCGUCUAUUUCUUCAUGACGUUAAAUAAUCGGAAGGAGGUCCUCCAUGACUUCUUGAACUGGGGAUUUAAUCUAUCCAUGUAUGCCAUGGCAGCGAUGAUGAUUGCAUUGAUGAUGGGCCUCUACACCGUGUUGCCAGAUUCUGCAUGGCUUGUAGUUUUCGUUUGGGCCAUUUGUGGCUGUUUUUUCAUCUUCUUUUCUUAUAUACUUCGGAAGUUCUAUUCAUCAUGGAAGGUGAUGAUAAAAUCAAGUUUCUGGCUUAGAAAGUUCAAAUUAUUUGUUAUAAAGGGGCAACAACUUCCACUGAUGCGGCGGGGAAACCGUUUGUUUUAG